GAUCUCAAUCUUCAUCAUAUGCAUGUUUUUAAUAGAUUAUAAUCGGUGGAUUAUUUCCAUUCAAAUGCGACUAUACAAUUCCAUGCAAUGGACGCGACAGUUGACGAUUUUUUCAAUGAAAUAAAUCAAAUAUCUACCAAGAAUGAUCCAAAGGAGCAGUUAGAAGAAGUAUGGCAAGAAUGUUUUGACGAACUCACUGGUUACUCAUAUUUCUGGAACACUGAAACCGAUCAGGUAACAUGGGUACCACCGAAAUCAUAUAAACCAGCAGACGAUUCAAAUAAAAAGAAUAUUCCUCCUAAACCUGAUAACACAGAGAAGGGUAAGAAACUUUUUGUGCCUCCUGUCUCUGCAUCAGCACAUCAGAACACAUCCACAAGUGUUAAACCUGAAGCUAAAUCAAAAGUGUAUUCAAUUCAAGAAGUAGUAAAACAUCCGCCAGAAAAAAAACCUAAAGUCAAGUCAACUGCAGUUACUAGCAUCACUAAACCUAUCAGUCGUAAACAAUAUUCUGGAAGGAAGCUUCCAUUCAAGAGACCUGAAGAUUCUGAUGAGGACGAAAAAAUUGAACUCAUAACUGAAUAUGGAGGAGAUAGUGAUUCUAAUGAAGAUUCUAAAAUAAUCCAGACAAAUUUAUCAAAACAAGAAGCAAAACCUAUAGAAUCCCAAAAGAAAGGAUCAUUGGUGGGCCAAACAUCUUCCCAAAAUACUAUAGAUACUUCUAAUAAAGUUCUUCCCUUGGUUCAUCCAUCCAAAGAAGAAAUAAUCCAAUCAGAUGAGGAAGAUGAUGACAAUGAAAUUGAUCUUUUGGCAAAAAUACAGCAAAGAGCUCAAGAACUUAAAAGAUUAGGUGGAAAAGUUCCUAUUGAAGUCAAAAAAAUUAUAGAAACAACAGAUUUGAAGAAAAAAGAUGAGAAAUCUAAACCUAUAUCUGCGUUUUCUUUGGUGGCUGGCUACAACAGUGGUUCAUCUGAAGAUGAAUAUGAACCUCAAGGCAUAAUACCAAAACUACCAAUAUUCCCAGUGGCACCAAUACCAGAAACAGGACACAGUACGUUAUUUCCUGCCACAAAACCGAUAGAUGUUAAAGAUUUUAUUGUACCAGAAGCAUCAAUGACAAGUGAAACUGCAACAAUUGAUAGUAAUGAAAAUGGGGCACCGAGGAGUGAUUUUGACAGUAAGGCUUUUCAAAGAAAAAAAAGAAUAGGUGUGUCUUUGGUAAAUAAUGUCAAAAGGCCCAAAGGAGAUAUAGACGAUACUCCAAAGACAGAGUUUGCAGGGUUUGGAUUUAAGUCCGAAAAUAGUAAAAAUGGUGAUUCAGAACCGGAAGCAAGUAAUGCCUAUCCGGGUUUUCAAAAGGGUGGCCUUUUGUUUGUGAAAUCAGAUGUUUUGCAACCUGCCACUGAAGAAAAACAUAAUAAUCUGAAAGAAGACAGAGAAGAGAUUAAAAUAAAUAAAAAAGAAACUGAAGAUGACUAUAAAAUUCUCCAAGAAAAAUUACUAUUUCUAGGAGAGGGACGACAACCUGUUUUACCUGUACAAGCUAUGCUUAUUCAGGCAGAGACGUUGUUUCUUGCUAUGAAAGAAGGCGGACUGAAACUUUCCUACCUAUUCAAAUGGCUGAAAGAGAUGUGCUCGGAACUGAUUAACCUUGAAAAAGAAGCGGCUCCAGAAGGGUGGCUUUUACAAUGGGAUAGAUCGCAAAAACGCUACUUCUACCAGAACCAAGCUUCAGGAGUGAGCCAGUGGCACUAUCCGGAACCGGAUGUAACUAGAUGCGAUGACGCUAUGGAUAUUUCAACUACCCCACCCCCACCAGAUAAUAUUAAAGCACCCAAACUAGUUGAACCAAUAGUAUUUGGACCCCAACUACCUGUGGAUCCACCUUUACCUCCGUCACCUCCCAAUAUUAGAAGUCCUACACCUCCACCGCCGCCUAUAAUUAGUAUGAGUAUGGAUGUUAGUCAAAUGCUUCCAGCGAUUCCAGAUGUGCCGUUACCCCCUGACCCUCAACCAGUAGUGCCACCGCCUCCACUACCUCCUCUAAAAACCGAUCAACCUUUACCUCCUGGUGUUGAUUUAUUACCAGAAGCUUACAAUAAACCUAAAGAACCUGCAGUAAAAGCAAAUGACACUUUAAAUACAGCUCUGGAUUCGUUUUACUCAGAAAUAGCUGAAGUGGCUGAAAACUCAAAUUCACGAUCUCCUGCUCGCAUAUCUGAGACACCAAUUGAAAACGCUCAACUAAAUGUCUUAACCAAUACGGAAGUAGUCAAGAAAAAGAAGAAAAAAGUUAAAUUGGCACAAGGACUUACUAUGAAGAAAAAAGCUGUAUCACAAUUGGUAGAAAAAUGGAGAAACGUACAAAAGAAUUAUAGUGAUUAAAUUGGUUUACAUUUUUUUUGUCUUAAUAUGUACUCUCUUAGCUUCUGUACAGGCAUUCUUGAAUUUUAGUUUUAACCUUGUUCCUUAAUUUAUUGUAUGGAUAUUAUAUGCUACUCUGUAGUAUAAUUUAAUAAACAUUUAAUAGAAAUUGACAUCGCUUUUUUUAUUUUGAUUUCUGGAUUCUUUCUCAGGUACAUUUUAAACUUUUUACAAUAGCAUGAGUAGUGAU